ACUUGUUUAGAAAUCUUGGCUGCAGUGGUGCAAGGGAAAGUAAUUAAACAAAAAAAAAAGGGGACCUCGGCUCCUUGGGUGACUCAAUCCUCCGGGAAGCCUCAGAGAAGCGGAGCUGAGAUUGAAAGACAGCUGGCCCCUUUUACACAUCCACCAGGAAUCGACAUGACCCUGAGUCAAACGCUUUAUAUAUGUUCAUUUCUGCGGGUAUAAAUAGGCAGGGGCGGCUCGGAUGCAAGGUGUUAUAUAUAUAUUUUUUUUUGGCUCUUGCUGACAUGAAGGUUGGAAAAACAGACAGACCCCGUUUUCAACGCCUUGAUGCUGCUGCUUUACUUUGAAAUGAAGUUUAUUUGAACAAGUUCGAUAGGAUCGAGCCAUCUGUUUAUUUACUUCUUUUGGGAAAAAAAAAAUUCCCCUGGACUGGUUCGGUGUUUAGAGUUCUCUCUCUCUCUCUCUCUCUCUUUCUCUCUCUCCCUCCCUCUCUCCCAUUCUCAGUCGGUCUGAGACUGGGAAAGGGCUGGAAAACUUUCCGCAAUCAAAAGUGACAGACAGUGGGAGACAGAGAGACAGACACACAAACAGAGGAAGGAAGGUCUUCAUCUGCUGCUCCCCUUUUGUUUCCCUUGUGUGUUUCUUCACCCCCUUCCUCCCUCUGCCCUCUUCCUUUUUCUUACUCCAUGGCUUUUCUGCUGAAGAAGAAGAAGUUUAAGUUUCUGGUCAGCCUGACUCUGGAGGAACUCUCGGCCGUACCUUUCGUCAAUGGGAUUCUCUUCUGUAAGAUCCGCCUUCUCCACGGUGGCACCUUCACCGACCUCUCCUCCAGGGAAGAGGUGCAGCAAAACUGCGUCCGCUGGAGGAAGAGAACGCGUUUCAUGUGCAAGAUGAGUGCUAGCCCAGUCACAGGGGUCCUGGACCCCAGCAUCUGCCGAGUGUCUGUGCGCAAGGAACUGAAAGGUGGAAAAGCUUUCAUUAAGCUGGGAUUCGUUGACCUGAACCUGGCAGAGUUUGCAGGAGCAGGUUCCACCACUCGGUGUUACAUCCUGGAGGGUUACGACAACAAGAACAGAAGACAGGACAACUCCAUCCUCAAGGUCUCCAUCAGUAUGCAGUUGUUGCUGGGGGAUCCUUGCUUUAAAACGCCACCAUCAAACAGCAAGCUGAACACCAUCAUAGGCAGUGAGGACUCACUGGAACCUGACUGUAAAGGAGAUGCUAGAAGGGACAGUGAAACCCAGAUUCGUCGCAGGCCAACCUCCCUCAGGCUGCCCAAGUGUAGAUCACUCAUCAUGGGCUCAGGUAUCUGUGAGGAUUCAGACAGUGCAGCCACCACCCCGGAGGACUCAGCCUGUGGUCAACGGGCCCACAGCUCCACCUCCAGCUUCGGCAGCCAGUAUUCCAAAAUCUCCGGUUACAGCUCUGAGUACACCCACUGCACCAGCCUCUCAGAGCCCACCCGAAGACGCAAACUCUCGUCCAGCAGCAGCGGGUUCUCAUCGGGGCCCAGCAGUGCCGCCGACGUUGAGGACGGGGCCAAGGACCCGACGACGUUCGAGAAGCCCCCCCUCCCUCUCCGACCCUCUGAUCGAUCCUUAAGGCGGAAGAAUUGGGCACCUGAGAGCUACCCGUCGUGGGUGAAUGACACCAGGGUCAAUGCGGAUGACAUUGUGGAGAGAAUCGUUCAGACUCAGGACUUCACAGACUGCAGUGACUCCGAGGAGAGUGGAUUACAGCUGUUCGUGGGGAGAGAUGGGUCAACAUUAGUUGGAGGUGUUCAGCUUAGUAACAGAAGAUCCGUCAGCGACUAUAUGCAGGUGGUGAUCGGGAGUCACUGAGGUGGCACACCAGUGCAGGAUCGGGCUGUGCCCUUGGCAUCGGGACCCAUGUGAAGUUUCAGUGACAGGUUGCCUCAUCGGGGAUGGCGAUUGGACAGACGAUGGGCCCGGCCGGAGCUCUGGAUGACCGCUGUGGGAUGAAAGGGCUGAUCCGGUGUUGGGG